AGAUUUAGUAUUUGCUUGUGUAAAACUACCUGACACCAGUCCCCUUUCCCUCACGAGACGUGUGCGAAGAGCAUGGGCGGCGUCUGCAACGAUUUUCCGUUUUCGCAGCGACGCGGUCGCGUUUUUCCUCACCCCGCUUCCAGCUCGAUGGUCCACUUUCGAAACAAGGUUGAUGUCUUGCGCAGUCCACCGCACCACGUCCUUGUUGGCCUGCUGCUCCUAGGUGCUACAACUACGAGCAACACGACACCAGGGACGAUCCAGGUCGCAAGUGCGCUAAAUGUUGUGAUGGAUCUGUCGGAAGCCAAGGGCACGGCGUCGAUGUUGGCCACGAAAGAGGAGAAGGAGGUUGUGCAGCACACACUGCAGGAAGAAGAGCGAGAGGAGGUCGUGGAGAACAAACAUGCGCAGGAAAACGAGAAGGAACUGGCGACGCAAUCCGAAUCGACGAAGCCGGAUCAACAUGACAGCAGUGCGGUGGCUCCUUCACAACCAGGACCCGUCGCGGCGACCACUGACGCCGUCGUGAGCUCGGGAAGGUUGUUCGGAGAGGGCGGCGAAACGACGCUGGAGCCAAGCAAGUUGCAGUCCUACCUCCCAGACCCGACGAAGCGACGGAAGUUUGAAAUGCGGCGGACGAAGAAUUGGUCACCGAGUACGAGCAUCAACGAUUACACCCUGUACGAGGCUGAUUGUCUCGCUGAGCUGGCGGAUCACUCACAUUCUCCAUCGGCCGAAGACGAAGCGACCUGCGAAUGGUUGCGGAUUCGGUCGGACGCCAUCGGUGGUAUCGAUCCCACAAAGCUCAACUUUCACGUGAUCAUUCCCGCGCUCGCGUCCGAACAAAAUCCGACUGCCGGCAUCGUGAUGUUCGUAAUGCGUACGUUCGUUGCGCUCGACCUCGCUGUUGAGGAAAGGCUAAAACUACAACCACCGGAACAGAGCGCGGCCGCUUUUACUACCACCACGAACCCGACAGCGACACAGAACGCCGAAACUCUGACCAGCGGGGAUACGGCCCGCGCAAGUACUCCCUCGUCUUCUCCUACUCAGCCGCAGGUGCAACAACCUGCCCAGGCUACUGCUGACCUGGGGGUGCAACUGUUUGCACAGAGCAUGCCCGUUUACGACUUUUGGUCGCUUCACCCGUCAUUUGCGGGGCAGAAAGGAGCCCGCUCUGCGGACGCUAUCGCCAGUAACAAUCUGCUGGAGGACCUGCGCCCGCCCGGGGCCAGUACGUUUUACCGAUUUGGUUUCCAGACCAUUUCAGGCUGGCGAUUGGGACAGCAUGAGCUUACCGCCGACGAAGGUCUUUUUGUGCCCUACACCGCCAAAAUGAAUGCGCGCACGCUCGAGGGAGCAGAAGAGAAGGGCAUUCGGGUCGAGCAGCAAAUGCGGAUGCACAACCCGGGAAUGGCGAACCCGAACCUGCGCGGCGCGACGCCGCCGGGUGGCGACCAGACGCACCUGGGGGGCAAGCAGUUGGACUGGCGCUAUCGUGUCCGCGUCGCCGGGCGCCUGGCGGACAGGAGAAAGCUGUCGAAGAGGUUCAGCGGGCUCGACCGUCCCACGUACGAGAUCAAGGGACGGAAGAGGGCGUCCGACGGCCAGGAAUCCGAAGGCGAGCUAGAUGAGGAGGUCACGGCCGCGAAGAUGGAGUACGUCGGCGGCCAAGACUGGACGAAGAAUGUCGGAUAUCAAAGAGUGCUGAAAAAAGCCCCGGCUCCAGAAUCGAUGAAAAUAUAAAUAGUGAGACUUUGCAGUGCGAAAUAACGGAAAUAGACUAUACUUCUGAAAAGAGGUACUGCGAUGGCAGGACUUCCACUUCUUAUGCGAAUUUCAUUAUCGAUCCUUGUAUGUCGCUAUCGAUAUCGUCUUUCGUGCCCCGAGUGAGCUUCUCCUUGCCUUCUCCCUCCUAUUCCCAUUUUCCUUUCUUUAAGCACGUUGUUUUCGUGGUUUUAUGGUCGGUGAACCGGUACCCCUGUCCGCCAUAAAUUUCUAUGUCACGUUAAACAAGCGAGCACUCCCUUACACUUUCUCUUCCUUCUGCUUCAUAGGGCAGCGAGACUGUGUUCGGUGAGACGGCAGGGGCUGUAGUGCUAUCCUCUUUUUCAAUCCCGAGUGAUUUUCGGUGCGCGGUUUUGUUGUUGCGAGUGAACCUGAGCUGUCCAAAUUCCUGUUUCUGUUCUCAUGCAAAAAAGGCCAUUUGCAUGCUUCAAAAACUUCAAUCUUAUGCGAAUUUCAUUCAUGAGCCAUAGUCACAUAGUAUGAUUGGUAUGAUUCAUCUAAUACAACAAGCGUUGUGCCAGUGCCACGGGCUCUUCUCAGCUUGAUAGCGAAGAAUGGCACUUUGGAGGCUGGUAUGCAGUGCAAAUAUGCCUGGGUGUGGAAAGUUGUAGUUAUGCAAAUUUUAUGAUACAACAGUACAGCAACACAAGAUCAAGAGCCUCCAAUUCCAACACACGCAUAACAAGUUUUUGAGUUACGCCAGAUGCCGAUCGCGUUUUGGCAUGAGAAACAAGUACAAUAGAACUGUUGCACUGUUGCGCCGUACACUGGACAGAUAUUUCGGUCCUCUUAUCAGCCAAGCUUGACAAGGCUGGCAAGUUUCCAAACCCAGAUGUGCUUGCAGUGAAUAGCUGGAAGCAGAUCAUCACUAUCGAGCCCGGACACGACCCGGUAACCAUUUAUCUUGGGUGAAAGCGUACCCACCACCCUUAGUCAAUCUGAAAUUUGGGACGCGCGCAUGACAAAGUUGUAUGGUCCAUUGCGCAGUCGUGAUCGCAUCGAUCAGAAAUCCGUUGUCUUAUGCUUUCCAAAUUCCAAUAGAAUUUAGAAAAUGCCUUCGAUGGGGAGCCGCGUGAGACAUGUCCGAAACAUGCUACAUUUGCAUGUUUAGGGAGUUAGGUAAUUUCCAGUAGAAGUGCUAGUAGAUUUGCAUUUUGACAGAUUUGCAUGUGUACAAAUAAAGGCUUCCCUGGGUGGCCGCCAUCUGCGGCCGUUCGUACAUGGGGAGGCAGAGGGCGCCGCACUUCUGUUUAUCAAUCAAUCAAUCGUUCUCAUCUAAAGGAUCUUGGGAGGCGAUGAGAGCAGGUUCUGCGCCUCUGCUCUAAGCUUGUUUCCUUCACUUGCCACAGAAGGGGGACUUCUUAACUUAUGAAGAAACCUAGAACAAAGUAACUAGUAAAGCUCGAUUAAAUUUUGGGCGGUGGGUUCUAUGCUUUUACUCCGGAUACCAUUGCCGCUAUGUGCGCGCUGAAAGAAAACGAGAACGUCAGGGCCAACUGGAUCCAGUUAUCGCAUAGCGAAGUAUGAUGUAGCAUAUCAUACAUGUGAUGCGAUCGCAAUAAAGAAUGAAUAAAAUAAAUACAAGUGCAUGUACGGUCGUUUCCUCCAUAUGCGGGACACCAAAAGUUCAUGUUUGAGGCUGAGUGGUGUUGAAUUGAAUGCUGACUGAUUUUGUUGAGGUUAGAAAGUGUUGUGUAUCGUGGCGCUUCGCCGUCGUUUCAGUGUUCAGGGAACGGUGCAUUUUUACUCAUCAUGAUAUGUUACUUGCUCUUUGUUGUGUCAUAUCGGCGAAACGAAAACGGUGUCCUUGGUUUUGCUGCUGGGUAUGCCACCCUUCCGGUUGUGGCGGUACCAAUUGUCACGUGUUUCCACCUCAACAUGUCGAUGUGA